UUCGCCCUGCUCAGUCACUCUCUUCACGUCUACCACUCACGCACCCACCACCGUAUCUUUAUUCAUUUCACUUCCCCAAACAAUUAUUAGUAUUAUUUAAAAAAAAAGAAAAAAAUUUCUCACUCUCUCUCUCUCUCUCUUUCUCACUCUAUCUAUUCUCCGUUCUCUCUUUCUCUCUCCUUCCAUGGUGGAACAGCACGGAGGCAGAGUCGCCGGAAGUAGAGAGAAGAAGAAGAUCGAAGCGCAGAGCCAACACGAUCGAGAGAACUAGGGUUUGCGAAUUGCAGAAUUCGAAGAUUAAGGAAAAGAAAAAAUGCCGCUGUCGAAGUACCGCGUGCGGAACGAGUACAGCUUGGCGGAUCCCGAGCUGUACCGCGCCGCCGACAAGGACGAUCCCGAGGCGCUUCUCGAAGCCGUCGCCAUGGCCGGCCUCGUCGGACUCCUGCGCCAGCUCGGCGACCUCGCCGAGUUUGCUGCUGAGAUCUUUCAUGAUUUACAUGAAGAAGUAAUGGCUACUGCUGCAAGAGGCCAUGGUCUUAUGGCUCGUGUUAAACAGCUUGAGGCUGAAGUUCCCUCACUAGAGAAGGCGUUCUUUUCUCAAACUCAUCAUUCUUCAUUCUAUACUAAUGGAGGGAUUGAUUGGCAUCCAAAUCUACGGUUUGAACAAAAUCUUGUGACUCGUGGAGACUUACCUCGAUUUAUAAUGGAUUCAUAUGAAGAAUGUCGUGGUCCUCCUAGACUGUUCCUGCUGGAUAAGUUUGAUGUAGCUGGGGCUGGGGCAUGUCUGAAGCGUUAUACUGAUCCGUCAUUCUUUAAAAUGGAAUCAACUUCAUCUGUAACUGCUACAAUAGAAGUUCAGAGAGAAAAGAGAAUUCGUAAAGUAAAGCUGAAGAAAGGAGCACGACUGAGGGAUGGUGAAACCCCUAAUGCUGUACCAUCACAUGCAAAAUUACAUCAGCUGCUUCUUGAGGAGCGUAUUGAGAAUGGUUAUAGUAAUCCUGCACGCCGAGUGAAGUUGAAGAAAAGACAAUUGAAUGGACCAGCUGUUGAAACAAGAGAUGGGAAGAGUUACAUGGAGAAAUUUCUGGAAACUCCUUCACCUGAUCAUAAAAUGGUUUGUGAAACUUCAAUCUUUCCAUUGCCUGUGAAACAGACACCGUAUGAUACUAGUGAGGCUGGGAUUAAAAUUCUUGAAAUCAGCAGCAUUAGUCCUGUGAAAAAGUCAUUGGGAAAUAAAAACACCUAUUCAUCCCCUGAUGAGAAUGAAUUAGAACUAAAACCAUUUUCAGAAAUGGAUGGUGGGACAAAUGAAGAUCUUGUGAAGGUGAAAGAACAAAUCUCAGAUGGUGUGACAGACAAGAAGUCUUCUAAUCAUCUUAAGUUGCCUGAUGCAGCAGAAUUGGCUAUCAAUGAACAAAAGAAAAUAGAAGGCAGCUUAGAUGGGCACCAUUCUGAUGAUGUGACUAGUGAAGUUGACAAUUACAUGGAUGCUUUAACUACAAUGGAAUCAGAACUGGAAACAGACAAUGAGUAUAAACCUAAGAAUAGUUUCUUGAAUAUUCAAAAGGCAGCAAAUACUAAUGAUAAAGAAGAACAUCAAUUACAAGCUCAAUUUUCAGAUUCUCAAUCAUUUGGGGACUCCUCAAUGUCUGAUGACAGUAGUUCUUUCAAUCAAGAUAGAAACGAAGAACAUAUUAAAGUGGAAGCUCAGUCUUCAGAUUCUCAAUCAACUGGAACCUCAUCUACAUUAGAUGAUAAUAGUUCAUUCAGAAGAGAUGGAAAUGGGCAGCAUAGAGAACCGCAAGCUCACUUCUCAGAUUCUCAAUCUGUUGGUAGCUCCUCUACAUCAGACGAAAAUUUCAAGAAAGAUAAAUCCUAUUUACCUCACUCUGAUUCGUUAACCACCGCAGUUGAAAAUAUACAAUCGGAACCUAUAUUAUUCACAAAUGCCAAGUGUUGUGAACUGAAGGUUGAAGAUGCACCAUCCAACCAGCUUCCCCAAAAUGUUGAGUUUCAACACACAGAUUGUGAGAGGUUUGUCAUGCAUGAUGAUGCACCGGUUCAUGAAGAAGAGAUUUCAUCUGAUUUGGGGCAAGCCUCUUCAGAUUUGAUGACUUCAGGGCAGGUGUUGUGUUCUAAUCUUGGAUCCACCUUGCCAGUGAUCCUACCUGCUGCAACUCAAUCAGAUGAAACCCCAUCUGCCCCUGCUGAACUUAAUUUAAGAUUAGAUGAUGACAAUGCAGACAGAACAGGUCUUGUUGAAUCUAUUUCUUCCAAACCUGUUUCUCUCUCCCUAACAGAUGAUGCUCACCCAGUGGGUUCUUCUGCUAAAACAUCAUUAGACAACUUGGAUGAUGAUGACCCAUAUAUUCAUUGUGAUGAUCUGUUACAAGUUCUUAAUGAUUUGGAAUUAGCUCAUGGAGAUGAAUGCAGUGAUCAUUCUGAAAUCAAAAUGUCCCAGGCAGAGCCUCCCAAAGAAAAUCCUUCUAAAAUUUUGGUUAAUAGAGAUAUUGGUUCACCAGUAGAGGAUCCUGUUUCCCCAUCCAUGGAAGAAUUAAACUUGAAUUCAGGUGCUACACUGGCUCAUGAUUGUCAAGACUCAAAAGAUGAAGAUUGUACUGUAACUACCCAACUUAAUUCGGAGACUCCUGUUUCUCCAUUGAGUUGCUUUACCGGGGGGCUAUUAUCUGAUUCAACUCAUAACAACACUCAAGAUGAACCGGGCUCAGCAGAAAUUGAAGUCUCAUCUUCUGAUCUCCAAUCAAAAGUUGGAGAGAUACCAAAGAUGGUGCAUGAUGAUGAAAUAAAUGGAUCCACCUUCAGUGUCAAUCCAGUUGAAGAUGAUGGUCAUUUUAAACGUUCAUCUCCUGAUAAUCAUGUGAUGGUAAAUGAUCUGGUCACUGAAAAUGUUCAGUCAGAUGAUCAAGCUGUGUAUUCUGCUCCUUCUGUUGAUAGUGCUGAAAAUGAUGAGGGUGUUGUUAGUUGUCCAGCUUCAAGUCAGAUUUGUUCUCCAUCAAGGGGUCUUUCAGAUUUGGAAGAGCCUCCGUUGAGUUCUCAUUCUUAUCCAAUGGAAAUAAAAUCCAAUGAAGUAGAAUUGACGCAAAUUGCCAUGGUCACAAAUGCUGAGAAGAGUGAAAAUCAAUCAGCACCAUUGCUAGAUGUAGCGUCAUCUGAUGUCGUAAAUUCUUCAUUGAGUAAUAUUACAAAGUUAGAAGAAUCUCUUUCUACCUUUGCAGAUUCACAGAAGAAAGAGAUAGAAGUUGAUGAGGCAGUUGCUAGAGAUUCUUUGACAGAAUUAGAGGAACAGAAGAUAGUGGAUCAGCCAGAAAUUGCUUCUGUGGAUGUACAAUUGAACCUGAACAAACUGGUUCCCUUUGAUCUUCCAGAUUCAGAAAUAUGUAAUAAUAUUCAAAAGUCAUCUCCAAGGGAGAAAUUCCAACAUGGUGCUUUUGUUGAUGAUGCAGAAAUGGUGCCUAAAUUUUUGGGGUUAGAUGCCCAGCAAUCAGAAUCAUUAUCUUAUGGCCUGCAUGAUCCAUUACAAAAUGACAGAGAUGGUUUUUCAUCACCUUCUGGUAACCAGUUGGAACCUGAAACUGAUUUAGAUCUGUUCUCAAAAUCUCAAAUUGGUGAACAGGAUGCAGAAUUCCCACUCAGAGAGGAGAAAAACUUUGCCUCUGAAAAACCUCAAUUUCAGCAGAUGCAGAAAUAUCAAUUGGAGCAAGAAAGCACUAAUGCUACUUCUGACUGCGUAUCAGAAAUCCAUGCAGAUGAGCCAUCAUCAUUUUAUUCCUUGCCACAGUCAUCUAGCCAGGAGAAUAAUGCUGCAAAACGUGUCAUGGAUCCAUUGAAGCCUCUUCUUCCUAACCUCUUUCCCAAGGCAACUGAAAAUAAACUUGAUGAGAUGCCACCCAUGCCUCCUCUACCGCCUAUGCAAUGGAGAAUGGGCAAGGUUCAACAUGCUUCCCUAGCUUCGCAAAGAGAAGAGUUAGAAGUAAGUCAGGUCUCAGUCCAGCCAAAUAGACCUGAUAAACAAUCUCUAUUUGGUUUGCCAACUUCUGAGAGAGAGACCUUGUAUCAGAAUCCUUUUUUGCCUGUCAUGGCUUUGGAAAGUGAUAAGCUCCAACAUUCUUCUGGGUUUGCUGUUGGUGUUUCAGGGCACCCUGUUGCUAUACCUUUUCAAUUUCCUAUCAUGGUUAAUGAAUCAAAAGGUCAAUAUAAUUACCUAUUGCUGGACAGCAACCAAAUUCAAAACCCCUUGUUAACAUUACCCGUGGCAUCUAUGGGCAUGCCUCCUCAAGGUUUCAUUGUUGCUCCUGAGGGAGAAGUGAUACAGAAUUCAAACCCAUGCGCACCAAUACCAUCUGCUGCAUAUGCUGUUUUAGGACACAAUUCCAUCCCUCCACAAGAAAAAUCAACUCAACCUCCACAUCAGUUAAUGAUGGAGACUACUCCAGAUGAUAAAUCACUUCAACAGAGUAUGAGUAAUAUGGUAUCUAUGGACAGGCCUCCACAUGGUCAUGCAGUUGCUUCUGAGGGAGAAAUGGAACUGAACUCAAACCCAGGCCCUACAAUUCCACCGGCUGAAUGUGCUGUUUCUGGACAUGAUUCUCUCUCACCUCAAGAAAAACUGACUCAACCUCCAAGUCAAUUACUGAUGGAGCAUAGUUCUGAUGAUAAAACACUUCUGCAGUUUGUAACUAAUGUGGUGUCUAUGGACAGUUCUAACAGUCACAUUGUUUCUUCUGAGGGAGAAAUGGAACAAAGUUCUAACCCAGACCCUCCAACUCCACCUGUUGAAUGUGCUGUUCCUGGACCUGGACAUGAUUCUAUCUCUUCUCAUGAAAACCCGACUAAACCUCCAAGUCAAUUAAUGUCAGAGACUAGUUCUGAAUUUAAAACACUUCAGCAGUCUAUAAGUAAUGUGGAAGGGGAACAAGGACAUCUGCCUAUCUCAUUCAUGUCUCCACCAAACAUGGAAAGUAUGGAGCCUAAUCAGAGUUUCCUGCCCUUUGAGGGGGGAAUGGAGAUGUCCUUGGAUACGUCUGAUCAUACAUCAGAUCUUGAGAGUGAAAGGACAAAUGGAAAACCAAAGAAUAAACUUCCUCGUCCUCGUAAUCCUCUAAUUGAUGCUGUUGCUGCUCAUGACAAAAGCAAGCUUAGGAAGGUUACUGAACGGGUUAUGCCUCAAAUUGCACCAAAGGUAGAUGAAAGAGAUUCUUUACUAGAACAGAUAAGAACAAAGUCCUUCAACUUGAAGCCUGCUGUGACUACACGACCUAGCAUUCAAGGUCCAAAAACAAAUUUGAAGUUUGCUGCCAUCUUGGAGAAAGCAAAUGCAAUUCGCCAGGCUUUGGCUGGAAGUGAUGAAGAUGAUGAUGCAGAUUGGAGCGAUUCUUGAAAUUACUGUGAGAGGUGUUCUCAGCUGGUCGAUGUUUUGAUACUAUGGUUCUGUCUUGAGCCAGGUUUAUCUAGUCGUGCUCCCCUGUAAUGAAUAGGAAAUCUACCUGAAAUGCAAAAUUCUUUAUCCUGGUGUGUUCAUACAUGAUACUGUGAACUCCAUAUAGGAUAUAGCUCCUGCUCUUAGUAUUCUUUGUUCACAUAUAUAUGCAUGAACAUUUAUACUAGCAUGCAGAUUGAUGCAGAUCCAAUUUCGGAGGCGAAACUCACUUCAAGACAACUCGGGUUCAGCGUGCAAGCGCUGUACAGGUCCAGAUCCAAGCUAUCAACAAAUUUCCCCAUGCCUCCCGUUCAUAUAAGCACAUGUAUAUUUGUGUUGUGUCAUAAUUUUUUGAUAUAUAGUUAUGAUUAUCCAAUUUUGGAAUUCUGUGAUGUAGUGUUUCGAGUUAGUUUCCCCAUUUAUAAUGCAGUUCAUCUGUGUCCAGUAUAGUAACAUGUAUACGUGAGUAAAAUCAUUUCAGUGUACAGUUUUCACCAUCAACUUUGCCCAUCGAUUUACUCUUUCUUUAUGAUAAUUGUUCUUGUUAUGGUGAGCAAGCAAAUUGAAAACUUAGUGUCGUAA